AUGAAAUUGUUUUCAAUACAAAGGUUUACGAUACAUUUCGCAAUCGCAGUAGCUCUGAAUGAAACCAAUAAUGACACAGAAUUGAUUCUUUCUUCUUUGACCCGAUGCGGGAGCGGGUUUAAAAUGAUCAGAGGAGAAUGUGUGGAUAUUGACGAAUGCAGAUACGGCCACAACUGUGACGGACGGACUUGUGUGGACAUCAACGAAUGUGCUAACAGUGCGAAUCCAUGUGAACAACUUUGCGAAAAUUUGUACGGACACUUCAAGGUAAUGGCCUUCGCAGCGACUAGUAAAAAGCCGGAGCGCUGGUUCAAGGUCGAUCCUGUUUCGCUGUAA